CAAAAGCCGCAGUCAACACUCAACAGAGAGUGAAGCCUUAGUUUGAAAGCCCCACCGCCACCAUGCACUACCACCGCCGCGGAACCCUCCUCCUCCGCCGCGGCUACGCCACCAAAUACACCGGGAAAGUCGUUACAACGACCAACCACGGCCGCUUAUCCGCCAUUGAAGUCUGUGUCACCCCUCCCACCCUCGCCUCCGACCUCCGCGGCUAUCCUCUCCUCCGCCGCGAACUCAUCUGCAAAGCAACAAAAAUCCUGCAGUCGAAAUCCUCCGCCUCUUCACCGGACCCAUUCCUCGACCUCCACGAGUACCUCCAAACCCUAAACGUAACCCCAACCCCCUCCGAAGUCUCCGAAAUACUCAAAUCCCUUAAAUCCCCAUCACUAGCCCUCGAUUUUUUCCAUUUCUGCCCCUCCAGAAUCCCUAAUUUCCGACACGACGCCUUCACCUACAAUCGCAUUCUGCUGAUUCUGUCGAGCUCGUCUCUCCCCGACAAGAUCGACAAAAUGAACGAAAUCGUCGAUUUAAUGGAGAAAUUAGGGUCCCAUGGAAACAUCUCCACCGUUAAUAUUUUGAUUGGGGCUUUUGACGGCGUUGAUGGGCUGGAGAAAUGCUUUGAUUUGCUGAAGAAAUGGGGUUUGCAGUUGACUUGUUAUACUUACAAGUGUCUUCUUCAGGCGUACCUGAGAGCACGCGAUCCGAAUCGUGCAUUGCAGGUUUACAGACGUAUGAGAAGGAAAGGGUACACACUGGAUAGCUUCGGGUACAACAUGCUUCUUCAUGCCCUUGCUAAAGACGAAAAGGUUGAUCAUGCUUACAAGGUGUUUGAAGAUAUGAAAAGUAAGCAUUGCGAACCUGAUGAAUAUACAUACACCAUUCUUAUAAGGAUGAUUGGAAGGUUGGGCAAGCCGAGCGAGGCGCUAGAUUUAUUUCAAGAAAUGCUAUCGAAGGGAUGCAAGCCAAACUCCAUGACUUACAAUACUAUGAUUGAGGCACUUGUUAGGGGCCGUUUGGCUGACAAAACCAUGAUUCUUUUCUCGAAAAUGGUGGAAAACAAUUGCAGGCCUAAUGAAUAUACCUACAGUCUCGUUCUCAAUGUUUUGGCUGCAGAAGGGCAGCUCGGUAAAAUGGACGAGGUGGUGAAAAUAUCGAACAAAUACAUGAACAAGUCAAUCUAUGCGUAUCUCGUUCGGACAUUGAGUAAAUUAGGACAUGCAAAUGAAGCGCAUAGGUUGUUUUGUAAUAUGUGGAGUUUCCAUGAUAAGGGAGAUAGGGAUGCGUAUCUAUCUAUGCUGGAGAGCUUAUGCAGUGCUGGGAAAGUUACCGAGGCUAUAGACAUGUUGAGUAGGACCCACAAAAAGGGAAUCGUAACAGAUACUUUCAUGUAUAACACGGUCUUUUCUGCACUUGGAAAAUCGAAACAGAUACCGCAUAUUCUUGAUUUAUACGAGAAAAUGAAACGAGAUGGACCUGAACCAGACAUGUUUACUUACAAUAUUCUGAUCUCUAGUUUCGGCAGAGCUGGAUGUGUCGAAGAAGCUGUUAGAAUAUUCGAAGAGCUCGAGAGCAGCGAUUGCAGACCGGACGUUGUUUCUUACAACUCGUUGAUUAAUUGUCUGGGGAAGAACGGUGAUUUAGAUGAAGCCCACAUGCGGUUUAAGGAAAUGGAAGAGAAGGGUUUGAAUCCUGAUGUAGUAACCUAUAGUACGCUAAUCGAGUGUUUUGGUAAGACGGAUAAAGUUGAGAUGGCAUAUAGUUUGUUUAAUGAAAUGCUGGCUGAAGGUUGUUCCCCUAAUAUUGUGACGUACAAUAUUUUACUCGAUUGUCUUGAAAAGUGUGGGAGAAGUGCAGAAGCCAUUGACUUGUAUUCGAAGCUUAAAGAACAGGGGUUAACUCCAGAUUCGAUCACUUAUACUAUUCUUGAAAGAUUGCAGAGUGGUUCGCAAAGAACGAGUAGAAUUCGAAAGCAGAGUCCGAUUACUGGCUGGGUUGUUAGCCCAUUAAGGUGAUGAGGCAAUUAUUGCUGACCGUAGUUGGAAGGAAUCAUUGUUAUCUUUUCUUAUGUAAGAUAAUUUAUGUUCGACUGAAACUGAGCUUAUGGAUAAAGGAUUUUGUGUUGUAAUAUUCGAUGUAUUUGUGAGGCGGGAUUUGAGUCAUUAAGACUGAUUAUUUUCUAAAUGUUUUUCUUUU